AUGCUAGGCGGGAUCGCCUUCGUCCUCGGCUCCGGGUAUCUGUGGAAUCAGCUUACGCCCGACGCCACCAAGAAUGUCCCCAUCAUCGGGGACGUGCUCUCCACCGCCGCCAACUUUGCCAAGGUCGUUGGGAAGGAUGGCAAGGACACGUCAUCAUCGUCGAGCAGCAGCAGCGGCGACCAGCUCAUGUCGCAGGUCAGUAGCCUCAGGGAGGAGAUACGGCGAGCUCUACGCGAGAGGGAAGAUGUCACGGUCAUCGAUAAUACUUCAGGCUCGGGUGCAUAUACAAUAACAGCUGUUGUUGUUGCGGGGCUUGUCGGAUAUGCGUAUAUUAGGUGGAAGGGAUGGAAGAUUAGCGAUUUCAUGUGGGUCACAAAGCGCGGUCUGAAUGAUGCCUGCAACGUGGUCGGAAACCAACUGAACGAAGUUACCGAAACAGUCCAUGUUACAAAGAAACAUCUAGCAGGAAGGAUUGACCGGGUAGAUGCUACUCUAGAUGAAACACAACAAAUAAUCGAAGGGACAAGGGAUGAGGUCGCAGUCAUCCAUGUAAAUCUUAGCAGUUUCCAAAAGGAGCUGCAAGAAGUUAACCGUACAGUUGAGAUAUGGGGUUCACGGCUUUGCUGUAUCGAAGACACCCAGGAUCGUACUGUGCGUGCAACUGAAGCCUUGGUUGGUUUCAGCCAACAAAUGGAACAUGGCCAGAGUAAUAAUUUUCGUCAGAUCUCAUCAUUUGUUCCAACUCUAGGAUCAUCUUCAGAAAAUAUCUUUAGAAGGCUACCGCCUCCUCCUCCGUUAGCUUUGGAAACCUCCUCAUCAGCAGCUGAAUCAGUCUCUACAUUAGAUGAAACCCUGGAAAACCGCAAGGCGCUUCCACGUGAAGGAAGCACAAGGUGGAAACUACCUGGGCUUGGCUUUCUGAGGACUGCAUCCAAUGUAUGAGAUGACACGGGCAUGUACAUGCAUUGAAGAGGCAGGGGAAUACCCCUUUUCAGACGUGUUGGAUGUAGAACUACACGGCUCAUUUUUGUACGUAGAUACAAUC